AUGGUAGCGCCACUGUUCGAAACAAGAUCCUUCAACAGCACAGGAGUAUCAGUAAUAAACAGUUCCUGUGACCCUCUUCUAUGUGCAAUCAUGGUGAGGCCCGAACCCGGAACUGCGAGUUACACGUGCGAGGUUUCCAGUGAGGGGCCACGGUUUGCUGUUGACCGGCGAUCUGCCAAUAUGACGCUUUCUGUGCUGCCGGAGUAUGAGCCGUUAAUAACGGGAUUACCCACCAUAGUCCAAGCCGGUGAGCAAGCCUUUGUCAACUGUACAUCAGACUACUCGCUACCCCCAGCCAGGAUAGACUGGUUUGUUGACGGAGAAAUCCAAGAGGAUCCCAUAAUAACUGGAAAUACACACGUUUCGGGAGCUGAUGGGGAUGGAUUGCAGGCCUCGUGGCGCACACUUCAUGUGUAUCCAGAUGACUACUCCACACAUCGUGGCUUUCUGUCACUUGAGUGUCGUGCGACGUUGCCGACCCGACCCCCACACAUACGCAGCAUGGCCGUACGGCUAUUUGUGGCCAGUCGACCUCACAUAUCCUCUUAUAUGUUAAGUAAAAAUAGUGCUGUAUCAAGAAGUACCGUGCAUCAACUUCACUGUUAUUUAAGUAUAUGGACGAUAUUAUUAUUGGUGACAAGAGAAGUGCCUUUGCUAGUAAAAUGA